AUGCGGGUCCCAUUCACAUCUUCGCCUUCCAGGCCAAACGCAUGGCUCACCAUCCUCCAGCUAUGGACCCUCACAGCCAGCUUGGUAUCCGCCUACAAACCUCUCUCAGACUCAUUCCUACGCGCGAUCCCAAUGCCAGAGUCCUCCGACUUCGACAUCCACACCGGCAGCAUGCUGUCACCAAUCCUGAUCCCGCGCGUGCCGGGGACGGCAGGGCAGAAGAAAGUGCAGGAGCACUUUGCGAGCUGGUUUCAACGCGAGCUGCCAAAGUGGACUGUCGAAUGGCAGAAUUCGACCUCCCGGACCUCGAUAUCAGGGAACGUCGAGAUACCAUUUGGCAACAUGAUCAUUCGCCGCGAGCCGCCGUGGACGAAGCCCGGCCAGACCAAUUAUUUGACGCUCGCCGCGCAUUACGAUAGCAAGUAUGAGCCGGAGGGGUUCAUCGGUGCUAUUGAUAGCGCUGCGCCGUGUGCAAUGUUGAUGCAGGUUGCGAAGAACCUUGAUAAAUAUGUCACGCAGAUGUACGACGAGAUGGCGGAACUUGGGGAAGGUGGGACGGUGGAGAUGGAUAUGGGGAUUCAGAUCCUCCUGCUGGAUGGCGAAGAAGCAUUCCAGAAAUGGACUGAUACGGAUUCAUUGUAUGGGGCAAGGGCGCUGGCGGAGAAAUGGGCGACAACACCAAACCCGCCCAGUGCGAAGUUCUACAAGUAUCGCAAUCCACUGAAUCAGAUCUCCAUGUUCAUGUUACUGGAUCUCCUCGGCUCGGCGGAACCCAUGAUCCCAUCUUACUUCUCGGAAACGCACUGGGCAUAUCAGAACCUCGCAACUAUCGAGACUCGAAUGCGUGAACUGCGAUUGCUCGAAACGAAACCGAAGGAGAACUUCUUGCCAGACGAGGGUAGAAAUAGGACGUUCGGCGGUAUCUCAGACGACCACUUGCCGUUCAUCAAACAAGGCGUUCCUAUUCUGCACGUCAUCCCAAGUCCGUUUCCGCACGUCUGGCAUAAGAUUGAAGAUGACGGCGAGCAUCUCGACAUGCCAACCGUUAGGGACUGGGCAAGGAUAGUGACUGCGUUUGCGCUCGAGUGGUUGGACAUGAUGGAAGUGUGGUCUGAUCCAGGAGACAACCCCGAGUCUUAA